AUGGAACCUGGGCUGGAGACGCAGAACGUAGACACAAGAGCAGGGGCUGGAUCAAGCAGCUCAAAGCGCGCAUUGCAGAGCAGCUCAAGACGCGCACUGCAGAGGAAAAGAAAGGGGAAGUGCAAAUUGCAAGGACCUGGAGACGUGAAAUGCAAGGGCUGGAGACGUGCAAUGCAGGGGCUGAGACGAGGUCACGCACAGUAUAAAAAGAAGGGCUCAUCUCUCCCUCUUUAUCUUCUUCUGGAAAGACAUAGUAAAAAUCCCUAUGAUAAAAAACACUUGCUAGAACAAAAUAAAUGGGUACAGAAAGAAAACAAUGCACCUGAAGACUUUCCAAGUCCUUUGCAGGUAACUUUUCACUAUGUUGGCUAUAAUGAGUCAGGUCGCCGUAUUGACAGCACAUACCUACAGGGUUCCUCGGCGAAAAUCCGCUUGGGCAAUAAUGCAUUGGUCCCAGGUGAGAAGAAAUUUAUUUUGGAGAUCAUACUUAUCUUGUCUGCUUUCUUUGUUGGGCCAUCCACCUUUUUCAGCUCAAAACAGUUUGAAGUUUUUGAUGUGGAGCUGCUUAGCGAUCAUGAUUGUCAAUGGAGGACCAUCAGUUUUUACUCCGAUGUUGUGUGCAAUUAAGUGAAAUUAAGUGAUGGGACUAUAUUGUUCCUAUAUAAGUAUCUCUUUAUUUUCUUAAAUAGAUAGGUCAUCUUCAUUGUAAGGCAUUUGAAUGAAGAAAUGGCAUCUUCAUUGUAAGGUAGAUUUCUCAAUUCUCACUUGGAACAAAAACGGAUUAAUUUGUCUGGAAGUGAAGUAUUUAUCAUGUAUUGA